UCCCUUCUCAAGCCAUGCCUCCCCAGGAGCUGCUGGAUUAUUCGCCUGCCCUGAGGAGGAGGAGGAGAAGAAGUACCCCAAGGGGCAGCGGCUCAGAGCUGGGCAUUAAAUGUGUCCUAGUAGGUGAUGGUGCUGUGGGAAAGACCAGCCUGAUUAUCAGCUACACAAAAAAUGGAUACCCAGAUGAGUACCAGCCAACUGCCUUGGACACCUUUUCAGUGCAGGUCUUGGUAGAUGGAGCCCCUGUUCGGAUCCAGCUCUGGGAUACAGCUGGACAGGAAGACUUCGAUUGCCUCCGCUCACUCUGUUAUUCUGACACGGAUGUCUUCCUUGUCUGCUUCAGCGUGGUGAACCCCAGCUCCUUCCAAAACAUUACUGAGAAAUGGAUCCCUGAGAUACGGACUCAUAACCCAGGGGCCCCAGUUCUGCUAGUGGGGACACAAGCUGACUUGCGGGAUGACGUCAAUGUCCUGAUCAGCCUGGACCGCUACCAUGGAAAGCCUGUGCCCAAGCCUCAGGCUGAAGGCCUGGCUGAGAAAAUCCGGGCUGAGGCCUAUGUGGAGUGCUCAGCUCUGACCCAAAAGAACCUGAAAGAAGUCUUUGACACAGCCAUUGUGAGCGCUGUUGAGCACAAAGCACAGCAGGAAAAGAAAAUGACGGCCAAAGGGAUCAAAACCCUCUCCAAGUGCCGCUGGAAGAAAUUCUUCUGCUUUGUCUGAAGCUAAUUUGAGAGAGGGGGGGGGAAAAAGACACCAUGCCAGCACUAGCUCUAUACCUUGGAGUGACUGGUCCUAUGGCUCCAGCAAGGAGGGGGCUAUGAGCUCCUGAGGCUGGGAGACCUGGCUCUUGCUGGGUGUCGGCAUGCCAUGCCUAGGAAACAUGAAAUGGACUUCAUUGCACCAAGCUAUUGAAUGGUCCAUGCAGCGUUAAGCACCUGGAAGAUAUGCUUGUGGUGCUCCAGAUCAAUGGGAGCUUUUAAUACACUAAGAUUCAGGGCUACCAAGUGAGCAGACUUUAUGAUGUCUGGUGUAACCAGUUUCUUGUCUGAAACUACCUAAAAGUCCUGUCCCAGCAUUGUCUAACUCUGGUUUAAUACCUAGGCUUUCUCUACUUCAGCUGUUCUAAAGUCUUGGUUGAGAAUAGGGUGAGGGCUUCUUGGAAGACCACAGGGUGGGCUGAUGAGUCUAAAAAGUAGAUCUCGGGUUUCCCCUCUAGUUCUGAUUCCUAAAGAAGAUGGUGUUGUCUAGACACAAUAAAGCAGUGCUCUUUUUAUAGACCCUUUACCAGGGAUUUCAAGUACCUUUCAAGAGGGAUUACACCUGAGGUGUAUCCCAGGAAAAGCCUAAGGGGAAGCACACUACUAGCCAUAUUAAUCCAUAAAGGGGCUCCCUGGCACAGUACAUUGUAGAGCUACAGCCACAUGUUUAAAGUUAACACUACUUAGAGCCCCUCCCCUGUUUGAGAUGUCCUUUUGCUUGAUGUACAGAGAUGCACAAAGACAGUGGUAUGAUUUGAAGAGCUUGAAAUGCAGCAGGGAAGUGGAACAUGGGCAGGAAGAAGGGAGAAGCAGGUAGUGGGAGAAGCAUGUAGUGGAAGGAAAAGAGAAAUGUGAUGCAAAGGAGAGAGGAAAGGGAAAGAAGGAAGCAAAAGAGGAAAUGGGAAGAGGAUGAGGAGGAACUAGGAAGGAAGUUCUUAUCCUGUGGCUGUAGUUGUGAGAUGUAAAUAAGGGAUUCUUUUGAGCAAUAACACACAAUUGCUAAUAACCUCACCUUCUUAUCUCUUCCUGCCCCCCCCCCCCGGGCAAGAUAUUAUUGGUGCCUUGGGCUCAAUCUCCAGUAGGCAUACUGGAGGUAGGGGCAGGGGAGAGGGCACAGUUUCUUUUCAAAUCAAAUCCUUAAUUUGGG